UCUUGCGGUUGCAGUUCCGCGCAAAGUCCCGAAAUACUAGAACUGGUCGAUCAAGUCAGCUGCGGCAUUUGCCCCGGAGCCAAUUUUUCCUUACUUCUAUUGCACCGCCGCCGUGCUUCCUAGUGUGGCCAAACUUGAUCCGUUCAUCCGCAAUCCGCAUCAUGCAUCCGUGCUUUCGCCUCGUGGGUGUGCCAUGAAAACCCUCCUCUCGCCGCACUACGUCGCCCAAGCUGUCACCCAAACUGACCUCAUCAUCGCAUCCCUGGCCUGGGGGUUUACCAUCGGCUUCGGCUGGCUGACGACAUGGACGGCCGUGAAGCAGACGACGCGCAUUUGGAGGCGACGCGGCCGUCGUGUCUUUUCGAAUGCCUAUGUUGUGAUGAUCUGGCUGGAGAUCCUCGUCUGUCUUAUAUUCGCCAUAAUUUGUUUUCUGCAUUUGUUAGGCAUUAUACCCCCGAGGUUCGUGUGGCUCCUCUUUGGUCAACGUCUUGACGCGAUGCUAAUGUUGGGCGACUACAGUUUCGCAUUCUACUUUUGCAUCCUUACUACCUGGGCUCUUCAAGUACAAUUCCUUCUUCAAAUCAUCAUUAAUCGAUGCGCUGUCAUCAUGGCCGAUGCGGAAAAAUCUUGGCGUCUAAAGGUCGGCGUCGCCAUAUUAAUCACAGCAGUCAACAUAUCUGUUUACAACAUAUGGAUACCUGCCCGUUUGCAAAUAUCAGAACGAUACAUCUGGCUAAACGACUGGUGGGACCGAUGCGAGAAGGUCAUAUAUCUCCUUGUUGAUGGCUGCUUGAACUUUUACUACAUCCACCUCGUUCGGGUCAACCUGGUCAUGUUUGGUUUGACAAAGUAUAAGAAAUUGGCCCACUUCAACAUGUUCAUCAUUGGCUUUUCCCUCAGCAUGGACAUCCUUAUCAUUACCAUGAUGAGCUUGAACAAUACCUUUGUCUACAUGCAGUUUCACCCACUCGCAUACAUUGUCAAGCUCAACAUCGAAAUGUCCAUGGCUGAGCUAAUCGGAAAGAUCGCUCGAGAUUCAACCUCGAGCCAUAUAUCAGACGAAACAUAUACCAACUCCACUGGCGAUGGAGGUUACGCACUGGAGAACAUAUCAUCGAUCGAGGGCCGGAGGACCUUCACCGGGGACGCGGAAGAGGCUCUCACGGUUGUAAAGUCGAGAAGGUCCAUACGCUAUCUCCCCACCGACUCGUAUGCCAGCCAUGCUGCGAACCUUGGGGAUAGAGCACCUAUACCUCCGGUCCUAUUAAGGGAAUGACCAAGUUAGUAUUAGACAUACUAGGAAUAAUAAACCGUCUUGAUGGCGAGUUAGAGUACACCUCUCCAUCUUUAUCUCGUGCAAGGCCUCCAACGGCGUCGGGAGGAUCUCGACAGAUCGGUAGAGAUGAUCAGCCGGUCCACUUUCUGUUCGUCAUGUAGUUGGAACAAA